AGAACACGCGUCCCACGCUCCAAUUGGAUUGUGUAAUGAUCGGAUAUGCAGUGUACAUUUCCAGAGGAUUUCAUUGGCCGCCUGCGCUGUGCCUCAGAUUAAUUUGUAGCAGCGGCUUUCAGGUGGUGCCCAGUAUAUGCAGUACUGAACAUUGCAUCUACUAAUUUACGUUUCUGUGUUAGCAUUGCUGUCAGUCUCAGCAGCUGGAAGGCUUUAUCCCUUUGCUGCAAUGUUAUAAUCCUGCACUGAAGCUACCGUUUUGUCAUUGAGUUUUGUAAGCAUUUUCUAUUGUGGUUGUAUACGCACUGGACCGUAUGGAGGGAUGUCGCGAUGAUGGUCUGCUCUAGGAGAACCAAAACUUUGGUGUCGACAUGCGUUAUUUUGAGUGGCAUGACCAAUAUUGUCUGUCUUCUCUACGUCGGCUGGAUAACUAAUUAUGUGGCCAAUGUGAACACCAAAGUCCCAGAGCCCGAACUGGAGAGGAAGUUUGAAGAUGACAACAAGGGAGAAACUCUGAAGAUUAUAGAGCGACUGGACCGACUGGAAAAUGUGGUCAACCAACAUAUCCAAGAGGUGCCCCAAAAGGAUAAGGACAGUGAAGAAAAAGCAGGGGAAUCCCUCUCAGACUCCUCCCUGUUCGUCCGCUGGGGUCAUGACCUUGGACCUGAGAGUCGCCGGGUGGCGCUGAAGAAGUUCCAGUACUACGGCUACAAUGGCUACCUCAGUGACCGCCUCUCUCUGACCAGACCUAUCCCAGACCUCAGGCCUGAUGGGUGCAGAAACAUGUCGUACCCCUCCAAUCUCCCCCAAGUCAGUAUCAUCUUUAUAUUUGUGAACGAGGCCCUGUCGGUCAUCCUGCGCUCCAUCCACACAGCCAUGAACAGAACUCCCUCCCACCUCCUCAAGGAGAUCAUCCUGGUUGAUGACAACAGCAACAAUGCUGAGCUGAAGGAGAACCUUCAACACUUUGUGAAGGAGACCAACUCCCAGCGGCCAGACUUCAUCAAACUGGUCCGUCACGACAAGCAGGAGGGACUGAUCCGCUCCCGGGUCAGUGGGUGGAGGGCCGCCAGCGCACCCGUCGUGGCCCUGUUCGAUGCCCACGUGGAGUUCAACAUUGGAUGGGCCGAGCCCAUCCUGCUCAGGAUCAAAGAGGACAGAACGCGCAUCAUCUCACCGUCGUUUGACAACAUCAAGUAUGACACGUUUGAGAUCGAGGAGUAUCCACUGUCUGCUCAGGGCUUCGACUGGGAGCUGUGGUGUCGCUACCUGAAUCCGCCCAAAACCUGGUGGACCCAGCACAACACCACCGCCCCUAUCAGGAGCCCAGCUCUAAUUGGCUGUUUUGUGGUGGACAGGAAGUACUUUGAGAAGAUUGGUCUAUUGGAUGAGGGAAUGGAAGUCUAUGGUGGAGAGAAUGUGGAGCUUGGCAUCAGGGUAUGGCAAUGUGGGGGCAGUGUGGAGGUUUUGCCCUGUUCUCGGAUAGCGCAUAUCGAGCGUGCUCACAAGCCCUACACUCAAGACCUGACUGCUCAUGUGCGGCGGAAUGCGCUUAGGGUGGCCGAGGUGUGGAUGGACGAAUACAAGAACCAUGUUUACAUGGCCUGGAACGUUCCCCUACAGAACUCGGGGAUUGACAUAGGGGACCUCUCGGAGAGGAAGGCUUUGAGAAACAGACUGCUGUGUAAAUCUUUCAGCUGGUUCUUGGCCAACAUCUACUCUGAGAUGAGAACCUACAGUGACACAGUUGCCUAUGGAGUGUUGAAGAAUGCUCUGAGGAGUGACCUGUGUCUAGACCAGGGGCCUGACUUGGACAACAUCCCCAUCCUGUACGUCUGUCAUGGGAUGACACCACAGAACGUGUACUACACGAACACGCAGCAGCUACACCUGGGGGUCCUGAGCCCCACCAUCGACGACGAUGACAACAAGUGCCUGGUGGAUGUGAACAGUCGGCCACGGCUCCUGGAGUGCAGCUACGCCACAGCCAAGCGCAUGAAACUCGCCUGGCAGUUUACUCAGGGAGGUUCCAUAGAGAACAGGAAGUCCAAGCAUUGCCUGGAGCUUGUCGAGAGCAGUGAAAUGGAGUUUGGCUACCAGCUGGCCAUACAGAAGUGUUCUGGUCAGAAAUGGACAAUCACCAACCUACUGUCAACCUACACUCACCAAUGAGGGGAUCCUGAGUCCUGCAGGGGAAAGAGUUGCCCAUGGUGAACACUGGACCUGUGACUGACAGACAUAGUAGCUUUGCUUCUUAAAAAUAUAUAUAUUUAUUGAGGAAGGCAAUAAUUGAAUUAUAAGUAUGCAAUCUCUUAGACUCAGACAUAAUUUGAUCAAUAUUAAACAAUUCCUGGAUUCAUAGUGUAUGUGGGAUUUAAGUGUCAGAUUGUCUUUUGUUAUGCUGAAUUUAGGCUGGCAUUGGCUCUAAUAUACAUUAUGUAAUUUCUGCUACUGUGUAGCAUGUGUUUGAAAAACCUUUCUUAUUCUGGUUUCUUUUGUGUCUCAGGUUUGUUUGUAGACAGAUUUUAUUAUAAGAUCAAGUGGUCGGGUUCGAGGAACUGUCGCGAAUAUACACACUUUUUUUUGUAAGUAUAUGCUGGAUAUUUAUAAAAACCUUCAGUAAAAAAAUCUAUUCGGUGGCUGAUUUUCCAUCCUGAGUAAUUCCUUAUGCUCUUGUGAAAGUCAAUUAAUAUGGUCCAUCUCAGUUUUGUUUUUGUGAAGACACCUUAAUAGUCUAUUUGAUACAAUAAUUAUUUUUCACAACGCAUAAAAAUUGAGGCUUUUGCAAAGAAUGCAAUAAUUAUUUUCCCCAUAUCCUGAGAAAUACAGGACUUGUUGACAGCAGCAGCUGGGUAAUAAUGGAGCAUGAGUGAAACGUCCAGUAAUAAUAUCCUCUGUAUGAUGAAACAAAUGUCCUUAUGUUAUCACUGUUAUUACCAAUAUAAGGACACGAAUUUCAUUUACUUAAUGUCCUGUAUAUUUCAAGUGGGAAAUGAAUGCUUUCAUGUUGGUUUUCAUAUGUUGCUAAUUAAAAGUACUUUGUAGAACUAACUCCUGUUUCACUACACUGCUUGCGUGUCCUACAGAGAAAUAUAUUCUUAAAUUAUGACUUGGUUCCUGAAGAGGAGUGCAGGAGAGAUGUUUUCAUCGAUUUAACAUGUCAGUCCUCAUUAGCUUCUAGAAAUUGAGUUAAAAGUCAUGAAAGAUGCACGUGAUGGCACUCAAAACGCAUCACUCCGUUCAUGUUCCUGCUUGUAUCUGUCACAGGCAAUUUACACUAAUUGUUGAAGCAGUGGAGGAAGCACAGCAUCCACAUACACCACCGGAAUUUCUGAUAACAAAUGUGCUUCUAUGGGACAGCACAGCCCUUUACACUCAUACUUGUAUACAGGUUGAAAAUGGCAGAUUUAGGAACUGCUAAACACCUUGAUUAGAACACACUGGCUGACAAGUAGCAUGCUAUACAUGAAGUCUGAACUCUGGCUCUGCGCUUCACAGCACUGUAUGGGUUUUGACUGACAGCCGUUCUGAACUUGAGCUAAUGUGGCAACUUUUGCACGUUUUUUGUUUGAGUGUGGGAAAUGGUGUAAAAUAAGAGGAAUUUAUGUAUUUUAAAGAAUCCCUGGGAACACACUGGUUAAAUCAAAGUUUCAACAUUACAUUGAACCAACGUUGAAUUGACAUCUGCCCAGUGGGAUGAGACAUUGAGGAUUAGAAUAAAUACCGCUUUGAUGUCAUCCAAACAUCCGUGAUCCCAAAUGUACACUUCACAUUUCCAUAGCAUAAAACUCAUGUCAUAUACUGUGUUUAUGAUCAGUAUAUUUGAUGUACAGUUACAAGAUGACAAGGCGUCACCCUGCGUUGUUCUGAACAGAAUGAGUCUUGUCUAUUGUAAGGAAAAUUUGCCGUGGCACACGCACCUGAAUGUUUCAAGUUUUAAUGUCAUAUGCACCAGUACAGUGAAAUGCACUCAUGAUACCUUUCUAUGCGCACCAAAAUGAUGAUCAGUUUUGCUGAAUUGCAUUGUGAAAGCCUAACACUGUAAUAUUGUA